AUGGCGUUAAUUGUCUAUGAAUCAUCAUUAUCGCCAUCAAAGUCACAUGCGAUGGCAGCUGAGGUUACAGCAACGUCAUUAAAACAAACGGAAAUGGAUGUGAACCAUCAGGAGGACCACAUAAAUAAACCUUCAAUGGCGGACACAAUGAUGGGCUUCAAUAAACGCCUGCCACGCCAUAGUGCACAAGGUCAGCAGCAGCAGCAGGAGCAACAUCAGCAACAACAUCAAACUACAGAUGCCACCAGUGCAGCUGAACACAUGAUGUUGAAGGCAGUCAAUUCCAUAAAAAGAAGUUACUCUUCUUCGCCAGUUUCCGAUGCCGGUGGCCAUGGAUUGGCUUCCACUCUAAAUAGUCUUGUAAGUCUCACGGGUUUACAGCAUAUUAGAAGCGGUUCGGGUGCUGGUGCUGCCUCAGCUCCAUCUGGUUAUGGCUACGGCCACCACACCCAAUCAGCAGCACCGGCCACCCACCUGUAUACCGAGGCCAAACCUAUUUACGAGGAACAACAGGACCAUGAGUAUGCACCUAGCGACUCCAGCACUGGUAGUGAGGCAGCAGGAACAUCAGCUAACGCAGGUUUACACUCGGCCAUCUAUAAUUUACACACAGCCGGAACGCACAAUGCAGGUCUGUUGGGUGCAAUGACGGCUGCCAGCUCGCAUAAUGGCGGAAGUGAUGGCUUCCGGCCAUCAUGGAACUUUGGUAAACUUCGCUCGACAUCGUUUACGGCUUCGUCAGGCACAUCAACACCUUACAAUGGUUAUCAUCAGCAUUAUGGGGGCAAAAGUGGUGGUGAUGUUUCUACAGCUGCUGCUGUAGGGGGCGGCUACGGAGCAGGAGUAGUAGUAGGCUAUGGGGGCGAUUUCGGUGCCGGUAAUGCUGUCGAUAGCUCUGGCAGUGGCAGUAAUAACGACAAAAUCUCUGAAGGCAAUUUUCUGCAUCAUUACGAUUCGGCAUCCGGUUACAAUGAACUUACGCAUCAACUUCAACAACAACAGCAUCAACAACAACAGCAGCAGCAUCAAUACCAACUGCAACAACAGUAUCCGCAAUACCAACCGCAGUAUGAAUCCCAGUAUAGCCAGCAACAUCAUCAGGAUGAGUACAAAUACAACAGCGUGGAACAGGCCGCGGAGGGUAGCUCCUCAUACAGCGACGAGGGUGAUCAUCAUGAGCAUAGCAAUUAUUUGCCUUCAGCUCCUCCCAGUGGUGGUGGUGUUGGGGGUGGCAGUCAUCACGAAGAGAAACAACCCGAUGUCAUCAACUAUGUUCCAUAUCCGGUUGUGAAGAAAUUGCAUGUGCCCGUCCACGAGGACGUGAAAAUACCCGUGUCGCAUGCUGUCAUUGUACCCAUUAGGAAACCGGUGCCUAUUCACAUACCCAUUACGCAAAAUGUUCAAAUUCCCGUGGAGAAAGAUUUGAAAAUACCAGUGGAACGUAUAGUUCCCUAUCCGGUGGAGAAGCAUGUACCAGUGCCAGUGGAGAAACGUGUGCCCUAUGAGGUGGUGAAAUAUGUUCCCAUUAAGGUGCCCCGUCCCUUCCCCGUUAAGGUGCCAGUUUUCAAAACAGUUUUACACAAAGUCAAGGGAUGGUGGUAA